ACUUGUAUUCAUUUUUCAACCCAAACUUCUCUCCCACCUCAUUUCUACCGCCAUUUUUGCAUAAUUUAUUUCCUCAGGUAAAAUUCAACAAUUCCUCUUCAUAAUGUUGUGUACGCAUGUUUACUUGUUUACAAACUAGGCUUUGGUGCGUCUUAGCAUCUAGUGUUUUCAUAUCUCGUAGAGCGAGGCUUUUGAUAGUUUGACAAGGACACCUAUAUAUAGGAAGCACCAGCAGCGUAUCCACCGUAGCAUAAAAGAUGGCAGAAUCAGAGGACAUUCAACCACUUGUGUGUGAUAAUGGAACCGGAAUGGUUAAGGCUGGUUUUGCUGGAGAUGAUGCUCCAAGGGCUGUGUUCCCAAGUAUCGUUGGCCGACCACGUCACACUGGUGUAAUGGUUGGAAUGGGCCAGAAAGACGCUUACGUUGGUGACGAGGCUCAGUCAAAGAGAGGUAUUUUGACUUUAAAAUACCCGAUUGAACACGGUAUUGUCAGCAACUGGGAUGACAUGGAGAAAAUUUGGCAUCACACUUUCUACAACGAGCUCCGUGUCGCCCCAGAAGAACACCCGGUUCUGUUAACCGAAGCGCCUUUGAAUCCUAAAGCCAACCGUGAAAAGAUGACGCAAAUCAUGUUCGAGACAUUUAACGCACCUGCUAUGUAUGUUGCCAUCCAAGCUGUUCUUUCUCUCUACGCUAGUGGUCGUACUACUGGUAUUGUACUUGAUUCAGGAGACGGUGUGAGCCACACGGUUCCUAUAUACGAGGGUUACGCUUUGCCACAUGCUAUCCUCCGGUUGGAUCUAGCAGGACGUGAUCUAACCGACUGGUUGAUGAAGAUUCUAACAGAACGCGGGUAUUCAUUCACCACAACAGCAGAACGGGAAAUCGUAAGAGACAUGAAAGAAAAACUAGCGUACAUCGCUCUAGACUAUGAGCAAGAGCUCGAGACUUCACAAACUAGCUCUUCUGUGGAGAAGAAUUUUGAACUGCCCGACGGGCAGGUCAUUACCAUCGGUGCUGAGCGUUUCCGCUGCCCGGAGGUGUUAUUCCAGCCGUCUAUGAUUGGAAUGGAAGCAGCUGGUAUUCACGAGACCACAUACAAUUCGAUCAUGAAGUGUGACGUGGAUAUUAGGAAAGACUUGUACGGAAACAUUGUGCUUAGUGGCGGUACGACUAUGUUCCCGGGGAUUGCCGAUAGGAUGAGCAAGGAAAUUACCGCUUUAGCCCCGAGCAGCAUGAAGAUUAAAGUGGUUGCACCACCCGAAAGAAAGUACAGUGUCUGGAUCGGCGGGUCCAUUUUGGCAUCACUCAGCACCUUCCAGCAGAUGUGGAUUUCAAAGGCGGAAUACGAUGAAUCCGGUCCAUCAAUCGUGCACAGGAAGUGUUUCUAAGUCGUUUUUGAUGAUAUUCGAUGUUCACAUGUCAUAUCUGUUGUUUUGUCGUUGGUGUAUUUUUAACUUCCGCAAUUCAUUGAUUUUACUAUUUUAGAAUCAAGUAUUUUGUUUGAAGAACAUGAUUCCGGUUUAUGAUGGUUGAUCUAGUGAAGAAUUUUGGUGUCA